AUAAUUGGGGGUUGGUAAGAUAAGCUUUAAGCCGCUGCUUAGUACUUGGUAAAUGGAGGUGGAAAGGAGGAAGUGAUGCAUUAUGGGACCUUACAGCAUUUUAAGAGUGGAUUACACUGAAACUAUCAUGUGGGUGGAGUUUGGGGUGUGUGUGUGUGUGUGUGUGAUUUCCUAGUCCUCUCCUCGCCAAGCAGAAACUUUUAGCAGCCAUAGUAUAUGCUACAGUUGUUCUUACCUAAUGAUCCUACACACUCAGUUUAUUAGGUAUAACUAGCUUAUACCUACAUUCCUCACCCUAUUUAUUACAUAUACUUACCAUUUAGGUCACUUUGUAACUAUACAAUUACUGAUUGUAGCUAAUGAUUGUAUAUAAAGCGGACGUCGUAACAAGGGAUUAAAAGUGAAGCUAGAAUGUCUCUGAGGCUCUCUAGUGCCUGGCUGUAGUACAAUUUUAAACCCAGCCCACUCCCAUGUUAGUGAAUGGAAAGCUAGCCAAAUUUACAUUUUAAGCAAAAUGUAACAGAUUAUUUUUGGCGAUCGUGUUCUGUGCAUUGUUGUUUGUAAGUUCAGAUGACCUUGAUAUCUCCCCCAAUAUUUUUCCUUUAUGAUAAAUGCAUUUGAUAGGAGUUAUAUGAUGAUACUUAAAAGGCUGUGGCAUUUGUGGGUGGGCUGAAAGUCUAGCCUCAUGAAUGCACACACACUUCCCAACAUGCACCUGAAGCUCUUACUGAGACUAUAACUUCAUUUGACAUCUUUCAAACUUUAGACCAAAGAUUUACAGUGCUGACAACGUUGACAGUUCUGGAGCAAAGCCAUGUCUCGUUCUGUUGUACACUGUUCUAACAGACCCUCUUUGAGGAGUUCUUUGCAGCAGUGAUUUUUUUUCCCCUUAAAAUACUUGUAUGUUGUGUUGAAUGUAAAUGCUGUUUAUACACUUAUAUUUUCAGUUGGUACAUUACAUGAGCUGCUUAUACAGUCUUCAUUAGCUGCUAAAGCACAUUAAAUGUAGGUCCCAUUAAUGUUUGACGUUUGUGGAAGACAAUUUAAUUGAACAGUGGGAGUAAAUGAUGCCAGGUUGUCCACUCAUAGGUACAGUCAUUGACUGUCGUGCACCUGAUGAUGUCAUCUCUGCCUUUUACUUCCUCUAUCAAUGGAAAGAGAGCAACACAGGACAAGGACUGCGCAGAUGUUAUUUAGAUGGUGAAUCAUUUGCAGCUCAGUAGUGAAACUGGCAUGGCCUAGUUUUUGUUAAUUUCAUAUCAAAGGAUCACUGUUGAUUGAAUAUUUUGGUGAAGAUAUUCUCAACACAGCAAAUCACUGCAUUCCCUACAUCACCUCAUGGCAGUCAUAUAGUAUUGAACUAGUACUAUGAACAAAAUUACACCAUCGCUGGUGUUCCAGGAUCACUACAUAUAGUUCUGUAUUCUCUAUUUGAACUACUGCUACAGAAAUCGUAAUACUCUGGUAGUAUGUAUUUUUGAGUGUUACCUGACAAGCAAGACUAGUCGCCAUUUUUACACCACUGAAGAUGAAUGAAUGUGAAUCUGCCGUGAAUCUGGAAUUUUUUUCGAUGUGUUUGCCAUUUUGUUGCAAACACGUAGCUAGCUACAGCUGAUGAACAGACGUAAUGAUAAACAAAAAAAUAAAUAAUAAACACAUGAGCAGAAGUACGUUAGAUGGGCAGCACGGUGCUGCUGAGGGAUACAUUGAUGCCUCACAGCUCCAACGUCAAUCCUGAGCUUUGGUUACUGUCUGUGCAGCGUUUCACAUGUUCUCCAUGUGUCCACUUGGUUUUUCUUCUGGGUUCUCUGGUUUUUUCCUCCUCUCAAAAACGAUGUUAUGUGGACUGGCUAUGCUAAAUUGCCCCUAGAUGUGAAUUCCUGCCUCGCAGCCAGGAUAAAGCAGUUACUGAAGAUGAAUGAAUGCAUGAAUAAUUGAAUGAAAAUUAGGUACCAUGUUUGUAUCUAGUGUACUAGAGGAGUGCAUUGGGACUGCUACAGCAAAAAAGUCACAGUUGAAGGUUUUUAGUCUCUUGGGUGGGAGUGGGCGGUCAGAUAUAAAGCUCACAGGACAAAGAAUAACUACGCUGAUUAACAUGGGAGUGUGUUGGAUGUGUCGCAGUCACUGUGGUUUAAAUAAUUUAUUGCUGGCGGGCACAAACAAAAAUAAUAACUGUGGGAGCUGGUGGAAUUGGUCAAACUUUCUGUGGGAGUGGGCAGGAUUUGGUCAAAAUUCCUUCAGGAGUGGGCAGGAUUGGUCAGAAUUCUUUUGAGAGUGGUUAAAAAAAAAAAACAGUCCUAGUGUGUACCCUGUUGAUAGUGUCAUUUUGAUGCUUGGUUCACUUUGGGUUCUCUUCGGCUGAAGAAGAAGCCUUUAUUUUUCACAUAUACAUUACAGCACAGUGGAAUUCUUUUCUUCAUAUAUCGCAGCUUGUUAGGAAGCUGGGGUCAGAGUGCAGGGUCAACCAUGAUACAGCACCCCUGGAGCAGAGAGGGUUAAGGGCCUUGCUCAAGGGCCCAACAGUGGCAGCUUGGCAGUGCUGGGGCUUGAACCCUGACCUUCUGAUCAAUAAUUCAGAGCCUUGUUGAGGCACCACUGCCCAGUCGCACUUUUUUGAAUGUUCUGCUAGCUGGGUUCCAUGAGUUCCAAGGGUAUAUGAGCCGUUAAGAAUAUCCAGAUUGUAUUUGAGUAUAUAUUAGGGAUUCGUCACUGGUGAGUGAGGAAAAUGGAUUUUGUUUCCAGCACUAUGCUAAUGUCAACAGUCCUCACUAUCUUGGAGAUAAUCUACUGCAGUUUGAAAGGAAAUCUGUGUCAGGAAAGGAGGAAAAAAUGGUAGAGUUUGCCAAAUAUUGUGAUGAACUCAAGGUGUCUGUGCUAUAAAUUGUAUUCUGCAGGCUAGCUCUUCCUGGAUAAACAUUAGCUCACCAACACCAACAUGGUGAAGUGUUAGCUGUAUGUGAAGUCGAAUCACAAAGAUGCUUGGUAUCUCUGGAGAACGACAGAGCUCUUUAUUUAUGUGGUUGAUAAUUAUACUAACGCUUUAGUGAAACGGUUUGGAGAGCUAGACACUGAAAAGGCUUUUAUCACUUUGGUAUGUUUUAUUAUAGAGUGUGUACUAUGCAGAGUGGGACAUGGCCAAAACAGUAACCUAGCUACCAUUUUUCCUCCACUGUAAUCUGUUUAGCGUAGCAGGGUGAUGCAGCAGGUAGCAUUGCUGCCUCACAGCUACAGAAUCAGAAUCAGAAUCACCUUUAUUGCCAAGUACCGUGGAUUUACAUGUACAAGGAAUUUGUCUUGGUGUACUGGUGCUUAGUAAUUACAGUAAAAUACAAGAAAUAAAAAUAAUAUUAAUAAGAAAUUAAUAGAUUAAUAUUAAUGUAAGAUAAGAAAGUAAAAGAGAAAAGAGAAAGUUAUGAAAUGAGAAGCAUAAUUAUAAAUAAACUAUAAAGCUAUGAAAACUAUGAUCAUAAAUAUAGAAAUAUAAAAAUUUAGGCAAAUAAAAAUAGAGAUAUUAACUGUACAUGCAGGAUGUUCAAAAUUGGGCCAGUGCAAAUGCUCACAGUUUGAAGUAAGAAGAUGCAGAUGGGGUUUUUUGUUAAUGUCCAUGGAGGUAGAUAGGAGACCAUGAUGGGUCCUGGAUAUUGUUGAUGAGGCCAGUUGCGGAUGGAAAGAAACUGUUUUUGUGGCGUGAGGUUUUAGUCUUGAUGGACCGCAGCCUCCUGUCGGAGGGGAGUGCCUCAAAAGUUUGUGUCCGGGGUGAGAGGGUCAGCCACAAUCUUAACUGCCCGCUUCAGGGUCCUGGAUGCUGAAUGAAACCCAUGGGUUCCUACAGGGUUCCUGGUUCAAUCCUGAGAUUGUCUGUAUGGCGUUUUGUGUUUGCAUGGGUUUCAUUCAGAUUCUCCAGUUUCCUUCCACCUCCCAAAACAUGCCUGUAGGUGGAUUGGCUAUGCCAAAUUGCCCCUGGAUGGGAAUGAGUACGUACAUGGUGCUUUUCGAUGGACUAGUUAUCCAGGGUGUAUAUCCUGUCUCAUGCCUAGUGUUCUCCACGGGCGAUUGCUUUAUGACUACACGGGAAGCCUGGCUUCCCCUAAAAUUUAAUUAAAAUGCAGCAAUGAAAUGUUUACCAAAGUGUCUAUAUUAUUUAUUCAUUGGUGGAAUUCAAUGUUUUAGCGAAUCAAAUGACCAAAUGUCUCACUGCAAUAUCGUGCUGUUCGUUUAUUUAACUCAAACUGUUUUGUUGAACAGCGCAGCCUGCGUGAAAGUCUUGUACACAGAGCUAAUAGACAUCUAUCCAGCUGUGCAUCUAUUAGUGUCUAUUAGGUGUUUGUGUACUAACCAUUUUAAUGGGAUGAAUGAUUAACGCUCAUUGGACAACAAGCUAUUAACGCAUCAUUUUGCGGGCCACCUGGACACACGGCUUCACUGGGAGUGAAUGGAGUGUGGGCGUUUUGCAAAGAAAAAAACAUCUUGAUGUUUAUUGGACAGUUCGCUCUAUGUUUGUCCCGCCUGUACACACGACUUCUUAUGGUGAUUGGUUGACCUCAUUGUCAGAAUCGCUUGGAGGCUGCAGUCGGUGUAAUUUGUAAAUAUCGUAAAUAAAUGUAGCAUUCUUCUUCACCUAGCAGCUUAGCUGCUUUUUGGCAUGAAAUGGCAAUUAUUGAUAAUGUUUGACCUGAUUUUAGAAAAAUCUUUUGAUGCUCAUACUUAAGAGGAGAGACUGAAAAUUAAAAAAAGAGGGCAGACCAAUGGCCAAGAUUUCAAUUCAGAGGUCAGGGAGCAAAACAGUCUGUUUAGCUAUCUUGGUACAGUAAAAUGAUUGGCUGUGUUUACUAUUAGUCUUUGAUUCCAAAUCCCUGUGACUGAGCGAUAACAUUGUUAGAAUCAGAAAGUGGUUACUAAAGAUUGAUUUGUUUAGUAUGUGCCAAUGGGAAGAUUAGCAAAUGUUAUUUUUAACUUUUGCUAAUCCACUCAUUAAUCAGAGGAGAUGCUUAAGCACUUUGUUUGCUUGCUUUGCUAACUUUGAUUUCUUUUUUCCUGCACAGCCAAUCAGAGAGCUCUCUCUAAUUUAACAUGCGUAUGCUGAUGAGUGAUAAUGAGGACCAACUAGUGCAAACGAUUUAGGCCAGACUGUUAAAAAAUAAAGGCUAUGCUCAACCGCAGAGGCUCAAUAACUGAUCAACACUUGGCUUGCUGUGCUUUAUUUUUUCCUUCAAAACUGGUCAUAAAGAAAGAGGCUUUAUUGUUUAAGCCAGAAAGUAUUUUUGUCCAUUUAUCCAUCAACACAGUUCUGCUACACUAGCGUUUAAGAGAGGAUGUUUCCAGCUGCACUGCGAGUGUUGCUUUACCACUCUGAUUGUGUGUUUUACUUUGUCCGACUGGAAUAACAAUCAGCUUACAAUGCAAGGCUGAAAAUAGUUCACCAGCAUUUACAAACUGCUAUUGGUGCUCACUCACUGGCCACUACCAGGCAAUGCUUUUUUAGGUAAGACUUAUAAAACAAGCAAACUGGACCAGGCUACGACUACAGACUUGUUUCCUUUGGAAUGUUUCAGUGCUCUAAAGUUGAGCUGAAUGUUUCCAGAGCCAGCCUGAGCACAGAGAGCUACUAAAAACAAGCUCUUGCUGGACUUACUUUGCUUUUUACCUUAAUUUGUCCCUGUGGAACAAGGAGUGUGGGGAUUAUAAAGAGUUUCCAUGGCAAAAAAUUCCUACAAUGAGAUGAUAUCAAGGCUAUUUGAAGGUAGAAAUGUGGCCUCAUUACUGACUUUCCUAAUUAGGAGGAAUGUAUUUUAAGGUAUGGCAAGGCUUAAGAAGGCCAGAGGGAAGGAAAGAGAAUUCAUAUGCUUCUCAUAUGCUGCCCAAAGGCUAUGUUGUGUUUCAGAAUUUGCUGAGCUUUCGAUUAGUCUAACCACCUCAACCACCUGGACUACUGCUAAUGUUUGGAAACACUUUGAUACGUGCACAGUAUUAUCAUUACCACACAUUAAUCAUUACCAGACAGGAAAUUAAAAUUUAUUGUGGAUUGCUGCCUAUUUGUGAAAGUUCACACCUCCCAUAUCAACAUUUAAACACAGGUUUUCAUUAACGUGAUCCUUAUGAAAAGAACAUACUUUUGCUCUUUUAUUUUACAUUUAUAUUGUAUUAAUCACUGUUAUGCUGGAUGUGCCAUUAUGCACAUGGGGCUAGUUUCAGUUUAACUCUUCUGGGUGUUAGAAGACAUCUUGUUCCUGCCUAUCAAUAACAAAUAGGACAUGAAAAAAACCUAAUUUAUGUAUUGGUUCCUCUGCUGUCUUUGCACAUGAUGUCGUUCAUUUAAGUACUCUUUGGAAAUCAUGCAUGCACAACACACCUUGCACAUGAAAAUUACCUGCUUUUUUAGUAAAUCAGGCCAAAUUGUGCAAAGCUUGGCCUAAUCAGUGUAUAGAUUCAAGACAUUGUUAUCUGUACAUAUUGAUUAUCCGUCAUGUAGCUCGUACAGUAAAUGUUCGUUGUAUCUGGUAUGUGAACACCUACAGUUGCAAUACCAAAACUCUUUUCUGGCUAAAUAGUGGAAGAACAUCAGGUUGGUUGUUUUGGGUAUAGAGCUCACUGAUGCCCCUGCUUAAUAAACCGUGUAACACCACUCAGAUUCUCUGAUGAUCCCCCAGUCCCUGUGACCACAAUGAGUGCCAGCCUGUAUUUAGAGCUGUUCCUUUACAAAAUAAGAAAACCCAAAAUAUAGCUCAUGUAGCUAGCAUCUAGCCACAGAGUUGCACAAUGAAAAUGGUCAAAUGCGAAUGUAUCCCCUUUCUCUAUUUGCAGGCACAUAAAUGAUGGGCUGUAUCUCUGACCAGAGAAAUGAUCCGUGACAGUUUAAAGCAUCUGUUUGGUCCGGAUUCCAAUACAAGCAUGGACAUAAAAAUAUGUCGGUAUAAUUUGCGGCAGUUCUUGUUUGUGGUAUUGUUAAGUGUACUGAGAUGGACCUUAAGCAGUACAUAUCAGAGUCCACAUAUACUGUAGUUGCCUAUGAUGUUAGACAGACAGACAGGCAGACACACACACUUGUAAUGCUAUGUCUACAUCCAUACUAACUAAUUGUAGCUCUUAUAGAUUUAGAAAAAAAAAAAAAAAGUCUAGUUUCUGUUAGGGGAAAACAAAAAGUUCUCUUGCGGGCACCAGGCAAAUGUCCCCACACAGAUAUAAAAACAAGCCUCCUACAAAUGCACACACACACACACACACACACACACACAAAACACACAGAUCCCCUGUUUCUGGUAGUUUUGCUCUCAGAGCACUGCACACUCAUGUGGUUGUGUUUAUGCUGUAAUAGGGCUUCACUACAUCGAGACUCUUGCAAUUAUCACUUUUUUUUUUUUUUUCUAACUCUUUGAUUAUGCUCUGACCUUAUUUACCCUUUGGUUCUAUUAUUUGUAAGCAUCUUGUAAGGUCUUCUUAGGUUUUUAACACUUCCAUGUGAGCAUGCUCAGUUUCCAGAAAAUUGUUUCAUGUCUAUGCUGAAACAGUGGGCUCAUUUGAGCCAAAAGGCGUGUAAGGCCUUCCGUGGAAAAAAAAAAAAAAAGGAUCAAGCAUUUAAACCAUAAAUAGGCUGUGCUGGCAUUCACGUGCUUUUGUCUUAUGAUUUAUAGUCUGCUUUCCUACUUUUGUGCUUGUUUUUCUGCCUUAGACAAGCACAGAGCUUUUGCUGCAUGAGGGAUUGCCAUUGCUACAGGGCCUACUGAAAAAAGCAGGCCUUCCUUGACAUGCUGUUGACAGGAUGAUCAGCUGAUGUGACUGAAAGAAGCUUCUAGUCCUGCAUGCCAAUACUGUUUUUAUUUCACAGUUAUCCCAUUUCCCUUUGACAGAAUCUCCAUCACCAUUGUAGGGAUAUUCCAGUGUGUUAAUUUCAGAAAUGAAGUUCAUUAUGUCAUCUAGGCCUAAUGAGUUAACAUGGAUGUGCACUCAGUUGCAGACCUUUCCCAGAAUUCAUUGCAUUUUGAUUCGGUUUUCCUUUUUUAAAUCAGUGAAACCGUGAAUAAAACUGUUUGCACAUCUGUACAGAGCAAGACAAUACUUUGUAUUUCAUACAUGUAAUUUUUUGUAAAUAUCAGAAGGUUACAUAUGUAAUCAUGGUUCUAGGACUGAAUGGAAGCUUUCCUUCAGAAGAGUGUUCCCGUUUGCACUUUUCCUCCACUGUACUAAUAGCAAACUCGUCACUUUAUGAUCGUGACCUCACAUGUGCAGGCUAUAAAAGACCCCUGCUAUGGCCAUUCUUGUCAACCCAAAUGACCCAGGUGGCCUUAGAGGACCUCUACUCAGUGGUAGAACUUCCUUUUCUUCCGGACGACCAGGGUGAUUUCCUUCUGUUUUCCUAAUGGACCUUUGUGUAUCAAAGGUCACAAGGGUUUAUAACACAUCCUGAUGCCGCACCUCGCUAGACAAUAACAGACAGCAAUCAUAAACAAAUACCAUAUUUUAUUUAGAUAUUCAGUCUGUAAAAUCUGACUGUGAACUCCAUGUCACUGCCUCAAAAAUGUCCACAAUGACACUCCUCUUAGUGGUGCCCAGAAGGUAGCCAUAGUGCGCAUUGAAUGGUAUUUAAUUGAAGAAGGCACCUCUUGACCAAUGGACUAAUCUGUCUUUAGACAGUACAGUCCCCUUACGCUGUUCACCAAAGCACACAAACAGUUUGUCAGUGACCCACCAGCAGGCAGUCAUUUCCACAUAAUGCUUGAGAGCCCUCACUGGACUAACUAGGGCACAUUCUGACCUACAGGAGCUGAUAGAUUGAUAGGUUUAUUGACAUACUGCAGCAUCAGCAUCUUUGACUGCUGGAUUUAGCCACAGUGUGACAUUUCUGAAAUCCCAGCGUAGACGCAGACAAAGUGAACGCUACUUUAUUUAGCAUUUUCCACUGUUUCAUUAUGGUAUGUUGCAUAAGCUGCUUAGGACUAAUUCCAUGAUCCCACCAUGGGAUCGCUGUUUUACGUGAGGGUGAGACACCUUUCACAGCUUUAAGAAGAGUUUUGACUAGCUUUUGCACUCCCAGCGAAAAAUAGUCAUCUGUCCCUUGUAUGAAGCCAAUGCUGCCAUGUACACUUUUAAGCAAAAAGAGAUGCUUCUAGUCAACUCUGUAAACACAUUUUCAAAAGUUUGCCUGACCCUUUAUGCUGUGCUGUGCAAUAUGCUAUGGUUACUUCCCGGGGUGUGUGGUCUGCUGUGCAAAAGUGACCCUGUUCAUCUGGGACAGUAGGUCUUGUCUGAUGGGUAGCGGGUAUGAAGGGCUAGUCAGUGACAUCAACAACAAGUGGAACCAUGGUCUGUUCGGACAGAAUGGGCUGCAUAUAGUGUCAUCCACAGCAGUGACAGCAUUGGGAAGGCAUACAGCCAUUUUUUUUAGCAAGUCAUGCACCAGUGCAUCCUGACCCAAAGCUUCUGUCUCUGCUCAGUGCACGAACCACAUUGGACUGUGAGAUAUCUCUCUGUUUGCACACAGGACAAUUUCUGUUUUGCCAUACAUGUUGAAAAUAAGCAGAACCACCUUAUAUAGGCGUGCUUUAUAUCAGUAGUACAAACCAAGAAUGUUUGUUUCUCAGAUACAAAAUGCACAAAUUGCACAAUGCACAAAUCCAAGCAUGCAAAGGCCAAGCCUGAUUCCAUGAGUUUAAUUUAUCUUGGUCUUAGGUAUGAGUAGGUGUGAUUCCUGUUUGGAUGUAAUGAAUACCUGUGUGGGUGGCAUGGUGGUGCUGCAGGUAGAGUUACCGCCUCAUAGCUACAGGGUACUAUGCUUGAUCCUCAGCUCAGAUAACUGCAUGUGAAGUUUCACAUGUUCUUCCCAUGUAUGCAUGGGUUUCCUCCAGGUUCCCCGGUUUCCUUCCAUCUCCCAAAAACAUGCUGGUAGGUGGAUUGUGUAUUCUACGUUGCCCCUGGUUGUGAAUGUUUGUGAGCAUAGUGUACACAGUUCUCCGUGAACCUGACCAAGACAAAGUGUUUAUUGAAGAAAGAAUAAAAAAAACUUCUGUGGAAAAGACUGGAGUACCUUGUCUUAGACAAUAAGUCUGGUUUCUUAUAAAGUAUUGCAGACUGUGCUUGGGGAAAUAGAUAUAGCAACCCUAAUCUGAAACAGAAUCACUGUUAGGAUCUAGCACAGUGUUGUUUUUGUUUGCUGUCAGUAGACUGCAGGAAUGUUUAAGGAAACCACACAUCUCUGAUUCGUCCAGUUUACGCAAACUCUUAUUUAUGAUCAAGUUGGAUAUUACAGGAUGUUGAGUGUGUUGUAGUGAGAUGUUCUUUGCUCUGGAUUGUUUAGAAUGACAGUUGUCAAAUAUGCACCAUUUUCUUGUUGGGUUACGCAAUGCCGUUACUCUUUCGGUGUAAUUUAAUCAAUACGCUUCCAUGGAAAUUUCUUUUCAACAUCCGAGCUGUUUGUUAGCAUCAACAGUGAAGCCUGCCCAUAGUGAUCAUUGAUGAAUUCCCUUCUCAAAAAUAUACGAGUCAUUUCAUCAGUUAUUUACCAUGUUUAUUAAGCUCAUUUAAUGUCAGGGAUAAUAGGGAAGGGAAAUUGCUGGACCAUGACCCUUCAGGACUGGAGCUCGGGCUCUUUGUUGUAGCCCUAAUACAGUAUCAAACUUGUAAAUGCAAGUGGUAAUUGCUUUAAUGGUCAACAAAAGGCCAUGAAAACGCCUUCUACGUGUCCUUACAGUGGAGACAAUGUGAUGAAGUGCUUUAGUGGCUGCCUUUCAAAGGUAAAAAAUUUGAAGAAAGAGAAAUGCGAUGUGUCCUCUAGGGUGCCCUUCCACUGGAGAAUACAGGAUGCAGUGCUCUAUAGGGUUUCCCUACAUGCGAGGAAACAUGAUGAAGUGCCCUAAUGGGUGCCCUUCCAGUGGAGAAAAAAAGAUGCAGUGCAAGAUCUACAACUACAGGCUACUUGUGAGAAAAUGAGAUGAAAUCUCAGUCAACUAAUAAAAUCAUGUUAAUCUUAACACUAACAUUAACAGAGUUGGGGACUGUUUCACCAUUCAGGCAUCAUGGCAUUCUGCAUGCUUGGUAGGGCUCCAUCGCGUGUAAGAGAUGCCCUUUUUAUGAACAAACUUACUAUGUACAAUUUUAUUUUUCAACAAGAGAACAGAAUUGGUUGAUCAAACUGCUCAUCUCUGACAUAGCACUGCUACCUCACCCUUUCAUUUGACUCAUUUGAAGUAAUUUAGCUUGUUGAUCUUUCAGAUGCACAAAAAUUCCGAUCAUGGCUUUAUUGAAAUUAGACGUUAUAAUUGAAUAAGCAGUUGCAGUUAUGAUGGUCUCUGGUUGCUGAUAAUUGCAGUUCAAAGACACAGUAACCACCUAGCUAGUUACGUAGCUAAUUAAAUGGCAAUGUAGAUUAAACUUGCUAAUCACAUCCUUUCGACCUAAUCGGGGAAAGAACUGAGAACUAUGGCCUAAGAAUAAUUUUGUAAUACAGGAGGUCUGGUCCAAUGAACACAGAAUAGGUAGCAUCAUUAACUGUCCUGCCUACUGCUUCUCCUCCACUCAUAAACCAAACAUUCACAGAGUGAGCACGAGGCAGCACGGUUCCUUCCCCUAUGGCCCUAGCGCUUUUUGUAGCUCCCAUUUUGACCACUAGGCUCAAUAAUAACUCUACCGAGCUAAACAGGCUGCUGAACAUGCUGGUCAACAAUUGCACAACAUCUAGAAAGGUUGGCUUAUAUCUGUGAAAUAGAAACAUUUUUAAUUUUUGAACACUCAAAAGAGGUAAUUAGUAUUUCAAAAGAAUUUAAAAUGUAUGGCGUAAAUAUAUGAUGAAUAGUACUUUAGGUCUGUCCAGCCAUUGUAGUUUCUAAAUGUUUGCCUCAUUGUAUUCUGACGUUACACAAGGGCUCUGGUCCAUUACUGUUCAGUACAUUGUUGACUUCCCCUCACCAUUGACAAGGAAAGUUCACAAAACACUCUUAAUCAUGUACAUAACAAUAAAGAGGGUAAAAUCACACCAACACUUACAAAUCACAGACAUGAAGCAAUAUUAAAAGUCUUAAAAGAGCUGUAGUGGCCAAAAGAUGUACAGAAUUUAUACAAACGUUGUACCAGAAGCACUGAUCCCAAGUAUUGUAGUACUGUUUUCCAUUUCACUGUACAACUGUAUAGUAAGUUUAAUGAUCAAAAUGCCUCUAUCUGGAGUCACCCAGAAGAGGGGAGGAUCCAUGCUGAGACUGGUUUUUCAUCAUUCCAUCUCAGGGAGUUUCGUUUACUGCUGUCACCACUGGCUUGCUAAUUAGGGACUGAAUUUCUGUAAAGCUGUUUUUUGUCAAUAUCUACUGUUAAAAGCACUAAAAAAAAGCAUUUAAUUUUCUUUACUUAGAAAACCUUUUUUAUACCACAGCACUUGAAUUGAUUCUGAUUGGCUGAGGCGAGACUGGCGGCCAAGCGGGCGGCCCGGGCAGAAGCUCGAGAGAUCCGCUUAAAGGAACUGGAGAGACAGCAGAAAGAGGGUCGUUUUUCAGGGUUUCAGGUUUUUGUCGAAGGGUAGAUUUCGUCACUGGGAUCAGUGUAUGUGCAGCACCUGGUGUGAUUUUGCUAAGAUUUAUCAAACUCAAAGGAAAUAUUAUGGGCUGGACAGCAAAUGGGGCCAUAUUGAGCAGUGGAUGGAGGACAGCGAGCGGUACUCACGCCAUUCACGGAAACACACGUCGAUCUCAGAUGACGAGGAGCGGAUGUCUGUCGGAAGUCGGGGCAGUUUGAGGGGGACUUACUCUGACCUCUGUGGCAGCACCGGCAGCCUGCCUUCAUCCAGACUCCACAAUGGCCGGCCUACGGACUAUGGGGGGUUUUUGGGCUCCGGUUCCAGAGCCUCGUCACGGGCCAGUUCAGCUCGCGCCAGCCCAGUGGUGGAGGAGAGGUCAGACUUCCUGGAAAAGGGAUCAAGAACGGCAUCUACUCUCUCUGCUGCUACUUUGGCUUCACUAGGUGGGGGCUUUUCUCGGAGAGGCAGCUGUGACACCUCCAUAUCGGUUGACACGGAGGCCUCCAUGCGGGAGAUAAAGGACUCUCUGGUUGAGGCUGAGGAGAAGUAUCGGAAGGCUAUGGUGUCCAACGCUCAGCUGGAUAAUGAGAAGUCCAAUCUGAUGUACCAGGUGGACACACUGCGAGACACACUGAUGGAGCUGGAAGAGCUGCUUUAUGAGACACGCAGGGAGUGUGAAGAGAAAACAAAGGAGUGUGAUCGAGAGCGGCAUGCUCACAGUGUCCUGCAGUUCCAGUUCGAUGACAUGAAGGAGACGUUAAAACAGAACGAGGAAUUACUAAAGGAUGCACAACAGUUGAGCUCAAAGCAAGAGAGCUAUGUUAGAGAAAUCUCUGAUCUACAGGAAACUCUGGAAUGGAAGGAGAAAAAAAUCGGGGCCUUAGAGAGACAGAAGGAAUAUUCGGACAUAAUCCGAGAUGAACGUGAUGCAUUGAGGGAUGAGGUUUACCGGCUCAGGGAUGCUCUAAAGAAACAUGGCAUAUCUCUUGGAUCUGAGGUGACAGCCAAUGGCGAGACAGGAAGCAACAUGACUAAUGGGCCUGAACGUGUAGAAUCAGGUCAGGACACACCAGCUAUGAGUGCUGACAGCAUUUUAGAGAGAUCUCCAGAGGAUCAAGUGCCUGAAAUGGACAGCACAUCGUGCAUGGAAGAAAAAUCGAGAAUGAUAACUCAUGCAGAAGUAAAAAGAGCUGAAGAUAUGGAUUCUAGUUCAAGAGCAUCAUGCAGCAUUGUACAGAUUCAAGAGGACGGCAAAGAUCCUGAAACAAAUGAAUUUAAAAAGAGGCAGUCAGUUUGUGUUGGAAAUUUACCAGAUGUAACAGUUCAAGAAAGUGUGGUAGCUCAAAAUGAAGGCAUCUUCAGAGUGGGAAAACAUGUGAACAGACAAAACGAGCAGGUGGAAGAACCUUGGAUAGAGGAGAACACAAGAGACACUGAAGUCCCAGAAAGACCUUUGACUCGUGAUGUAAAUGAAGCACGUGCACCAUCUCCAUUUAUUAAAACUAAUGAUCAACUCACUCCUACAACUAGUCAUACAAACCAAGCAGAUGAAGAAACAUUGGAGAAAAUGGAGCUACCUGGAACCACCAAAAGCUAUGAAGAUCCCAGAAAACCCAUUCCCAGCAUGGAUGUAGAGAUGACCAGCACCAGAAGAGGAGAUGUUUCUUCAAGCAGUGAGCAGGAGUCUGAAACAGAGCUGGAACUUGAAUCAGGGAAUGUUCAAAGUUGCUUGUUUACCAUCCCUGUGGAGGAGAAAGGCAUUGCUUCAUUUUUAGACAGUUGCCAAGAAGCUUCGGCACUGGACUUUGAAGUCAUAAGGCUAAAUGAAACAGAUGAGGCCGGAGUUGAGCAUCAGGAAGAGACGAGCCCUGCUGGAGAUGACACAAAACACAACAGGAUGAGGCUUAGGAACAAGAGAGGACAGGAUUGUAGUGUGUCCUAAUUUACUUUUAUAUAGCCAUGCAAAUAAAAGUAGUGUUCAAAAUAAAAAUAGUACUCCACUAAGGAGUUUGGAUGUAAUGAAUUUUUAACUGUCAGUUUCUCAGAUCUAAUGUUAAUCUAAGUGACUAUUAAAGUUAGAAGGUAAACCAGUUUAGUCUGGAGAUGCAGACAGUACCAGUAUUAACUCGUCUAAUCAAAAGUGCCUAAUUAGACCUUUCUCAAAUAUAUACAGUCUUCUCCGAAGGUAUAGGACAGCAUGGCAAUUGUGUUGUUUUUUUUUUUUUUUUUUUGCUAUACACUGAAGACAUUUGGGUUUGAGUUCAAAACAUGAAUAUGAGGCGACAGAUCAGAAUUUAAGCUUUCAUUUCCUGAUGUGUACAUCUAGAUGUGUUAAACAUCUUAGAACAUGGCAUCUUUUGUUUGAACCCACCCAUUUGUUCCAGUGAUCAAAAAUAUUGGAACAUAUGACUGACAGGUGUUUCAUGUUGCCCAGGUCUGCCCUGUUAGAUUGAUUGUUUAAACAAUUAAUAGCUCUGAAUGUCUAUUCUUGGUCUGAGCCCUGGGUUUCGCCUGUAGAGACUGCAUUUGUUGUUAAAAAGGAUAAACCAACAUGAAGACCAGAGAGCUGUCUGUGGGAGCAAAGCAAGCUAUUUUGAAGCUGAGAAAAAAGGGAAAAUCAAUCAGAGCCUUUGCACAAGCAUUGGGCAUAGCCAGUACAACAAUUUGGGAUGUCCUGAAAAAGAAAGAAACCACUGGUGUACUAAAAACCAGACAUCGAACAGGUCAGCCAAGGAAAACAGCAACAGUUGAUGACAGAAACAUUGUGAGAACUGUGAAGAAAAACCCACAAAAAACAACAAGCACCAGCAACCUCCACAGGGCAGGGGUAAAGGUAUCACAAUCCACCGUUUGAAGAACUCAGCAAGAGCAGAAAUACAGAGGUAAUACCACAAGAUUCAAACCACUCAUCAGCAGUAAGAAUCAGAAGGCCAGAUUGAAUUCACGAAGAAAGUCAGAGAUGAGCCACAAAAGUUCUUCAACCAAGAUUAACGUCUACCAAAGUGAUGGAAAGGCCAAAGUAUGGAGAAAGAAAGGAUCUGCUCAUGGUCCAAAACAUAACAAGCUCAUUGGUCUAGCACGGUGGAGGUAGUGUCAUGGCUUGGGCUUGCAUGGCUGCUUCUGGAACAGGCUCUCUAAUCUUUAUUGAUGAUGUAACUCAUAUUGGUACCAGCAGAAUGAAUUCAGACGUCUACAGGAACAUUCUGUCUGCCAAUUUACAGAGAAAUGAGUCCAAUCUAAAUGGGAGGAACUACAUCAUGCAGCAAGACAAUGACCCAAAUCACACUGCCAACACAACAAAGGACUUCAUCAGUAGAAGCAAGUGGAAGCAUGCACUGAGCAUGCAUUUCACUUCCUGAAGAGGAGACUGGAGGGAUAAACCCC